GAUUAAUAAAAUACAUAAACAAAAGCCCCAGCCAAAAUAGGAAUAGUUUCAAACAAUUUUUCGGGAUUUGGAGUUUAAAUCAUGUUUAAUAGUUUUCUGAGAGGUCAAUGUUUAGUAAAAAUGGAAGAAUUCAGUGAAACAGUUGCUGUUACCUCCUCAAAUCAACUUCAGAAUGGCGGACCUCUUAAUGGUGAUAAAGAAAAGUUGAAGCGAAUUCUGGCGGACUUAUUAAACCUAAAACAGGGUUUAGAAGAUAUUUUACAUCUUAUCCAAGAACAACAGAACGGGGUGGAUGUAAAAACCUUGCUGCUUGGCACAGCUCAACAGCAAAUAUUGUCAAUUAACAAUGUUUAUAAAUCAGGAUUAAACUGGCUGAACGAGAUCUCGGGGGCAAAUGAUGACGAGUUUAUAAAGAUUAAAGUUAGGAAAAAUGAAGAAAUUGGUCCUGUACUCCCUGAACUGUCCCUUGAGGAAAUAAAUGUUCUAAAAGAAGAGCUGGAGGUAGAAGAUGACCCUUUAGAUUUGGAUGAGACGAACCCUGUAAAGAAUAUCUACCCCUGUUAUCAUUGUGAUUAUGUUGGAUCCAAUGAGAGAUAUUUAAAACAACACACAAAUCGUAAACACGAAGAAAAGAAUUACCUUUGUGAUAGCUGUGAUUACGCUGCAACAACGAAAAUAACACUGAUUCAACACAAAAGGACCAAACAUUAUGGAAUUGCUUAUUCUUGUGAUCAAUGUAAUUAUGCAGCAAGUGAUAUGUUUAAUCUGAGGAAGCAUAAGAAGUCUAGCCAUGAAAGUCUGGUCUUUAAAUGUGAUGAAUGUGAGUAUGUGACGAGAAGUGAGGUAAAUCUGAGAAAACAUAAACAAAUAAAGCAUCGUAAUAUUGAUGAACUGAAGGAUGAACUAAGCGAUGAUAUACCAGGGUCGACUAAGAUUACAUUGGAAAUGCACAAGGAGAGUCGGCUCAAAGGAGUCCAGUUUCCAUGCGAGCAAUGUGAUUAUGAAGCCACUGGCGAGUCAAGUUUAAAAAGACAUGUAAUGACUAAACACAACAGUAAAAAGUACCCGUGUUCUGAGUGUGAAUAUACUUGUGGUGCGCUGGGAUAUUUAAAGAAGCACAUGAAGUUAGAGCACGGCAUAACUGAACCUGAGACCAAAGCUGAGUUUAAUCCGAAAGUUAAGCCAGAAGUUGUGGACGACAAGGAGACGGUUUACUAUUGUGACCAAUGCGUUUAUUCAACCUUCAAGAAAGUUCGCUUGAGAGAACAUAGAAGAGAUAUUCACGAAAAAGAUAAAUUUCGAUGUGACCUCUGUGAUUACGAGACAGGAAGAAAAGUAUAUCUGAAAGUGCACAUAAAGAGUAGACAUCAAGGAGUUAGAUUUCCUUGCACCGAAUGUGAUUAUCAAGCGUUAGAAAUCUACACCUUGAAGAGACACCAAGAAAGAAAACAUGGCUCUAUUAAUUAUUUCUGUGAUCAAUGUGAGUAUGCAUCGACAACAAUGCAAGAUUUAUCCCGACACAUCAAGAGCAAACACGAAGGAGUUAGAUUUCCCUGUUCUAAAUGUGAAUAUGUUGGAAAACUAGCAAGUGAUCUGUUUAAACACAAACGGAAGGUGCAUGAAGGAGUCAGGUUUCCCUGUGACCAAUGUGAAUAUAUCUCUACCUGUAAAUAUUCAUUAAAACGCCACAUAGAGGAAAGACAUGAAGGACGGAAGCACCCUUGUGAUCAAUGCGAUUUUUCAUUUACAAAUCUAAGAAACUUGAGAAGGCAUAUUAAAAGUAAACAUAAAAGCUGAACCUUUUACAUUUUAUUUAAUAUUUUGAUCCCUUAUGUAAAAUAUAAAUCAAAAUUUAAAUAAUUCUCACUAAUAAUGGGGCGCCACUGGCUCUCCAUAGUAAAGCCACCAAUAUUUCCAGAGAAGGGAAAGUCCCCCCAAUUUUACCAAAGGUGACGUACCCUAAAACUGAUUCUUAAUUUUGUUCACCAAAGACUAAUGGUUCUAGCUUAUUUUUAACAUAAUUACUUUUAAUACUCAAAAAAACAUUUAUAAAUUAAAACUUAACUGGAUUCUUUCAGA